AUGGUGAUGGCGAUAGAUGACUACAUAGUUCUUCGAGAUGUCCCCCCUGUUCGACGACUGACCUUUCCUAAUCUUGAAUCGUAUUGCGAAGAAAUUGUCUCGCCCGAUGAAGCGAUCUGGCCCUGGUUCUGGCAAGCCAUUCGGAAGUCAACAAAACUCGCCGUGGUCUCUAGCUUCCUCCUACAUAAUGCCAUACCCUAUUCUCAGCUGACAACUUGGGAAUAUCAAUUUUUUGACCGUUGGGAUGACGUGGAGAACUUCCUCUAUGUUGCACAGAGCUGUACGGUCCUCGAAUCCCUUACAUUGUCAGAUGUCUCGAGUGAUAAUUCCGAUUAUCCUGUGGCUGUUCGAGAGGUCAAGCUUCAAGUUGCCCUCCCUUCGUCAAUUAUCGAUCACAACUGA